GCUAUGAACGCGAGCACCUCUGCGCUCAACGAGUCCCAGGUAGUGACAGCGGUGGCCGAGGGAGCGGCGGCGGCGGCCACGGCGGCAGGAGCGCGGGACCCCGGGGAAUGGGGGCAUCCGGCGGCGGCGGCGGCGCUGGGAGGCGGGGGCGCGGCUAACGGGUCGCUGGAGCUGUCUUCGCAGAUGUCCGCGGGGCCACCGGGGCUGCCACUGUCGGCGGUGAAUCCGUGGGAUGUGUUGCUGUGCGUGUCGGGGACGGUGAUCGCAGGAGAAAACGCGCUGGUGGUGGCGCUCAUCGCGUCCACCCCGGCGCUGCGCACGCCCAUGUUCGUGCUGGUGGGCAGCUUGGCCACCGCCGACCUGCUGGCGGGCUGCGGCCUCAUCCUGCACUUCGUGUUCCAGUACGUGGUGCCCUCGGAGACGGUGAGCCUGCUCACGGUGGGCUUCCUCGUGUCCUCCUUUGCCGCCUCGGUCAGCAGCCUGCUGGCCAUAACCGUGGACCGCUACCUGUCCCUCUACAACGCGCUCACCUACUACUCGCGGCGGACCCUGCUGGGCGUGCACCUGCUGCUCGCCGUCACCUGGACGGUCUCCCUGGGCCUCGGCCUGCUGCCGGUGCUCGGCUGGAACUGCCUGGCGGAGCGCGCCGCCUGCAGCGUGGUGAGCCCUCUGACGCGCAGCCACGUGGCGCUGCUCUCCGCCGCCUUCUUCGCGGUCUUCGCGGUCAUGCUGCACCUGUACGUUCGCAUCUGCCAGGUGGUCUGGCGCCACGCGCACCAGAUCGCGCUGCAGCAGCACUGCCUGGCGCCCCCCCACCUCGCCGCCACCAGGAAGGGCGUGGGGACGCUGGCCGUGGUGCUGGGCACUUUCGGAGCCAGCUGGCUGCCCUUCGCCAUCUACUGCGUGGUGGGCAGCCGCGAGGACCCGGCCGUCUACACCUACGCCACCCUGCUGCCCGCCACCUACAACUCCAUGAUCAAUCCGAUCAUCUAUGCCUUCCGCAACCAAGAGAUCCAGCGCGCCCUGUGGCUCCUGUUCUGUGGCUGUUUCCAGUCCAAAGUGCCCUUCCGCUCCAGGUCUCCCAGCGAGGUCUGA